AUGACGACGCUGCUUGCAAAGCAAGUUGCAGCAUUCCGGCAGGAGCAUGGCCAAAGCCUCGGGGUGUUUCGAGGGCCCUCGCAGUACUCGCAACCUGCACUGGCGCACAGUUCAAAAGUCAGGCAUUUCUUCCGUGGGGCCAAAGAGAACAGCGCCACCAUCGGUGCUGUUCACGCCUCAGGCGAGGCCAAGCGCCAUGAUCCAGAGGCCUUCGCAGCGCUGGCGCUGCACGGCAUCGAGGAGGCUUCACUUCUGGAUCCUGAGAUCGCCUCGUACAGCAGCCUGUUUGAGGGCCCCCAGAAAGACCGGGAUCUGAUGACCCGCGAGGCUUCCUCCCUGGCCAUAUCACCCGCGGUCUUGAAAUCAGUGGAGGCUUCCUCCCUGGCCAUAUCACCCGCGGUGGUGACGUAUCUGAUCGAGCCCAGCCACGUCGACAUCUACAAGAGAUAUGUCUACCGAGAUAGAGAUCCCCCACCUUCUUGGAACGGUUCCACUCCAGAGGUCUCUUUCAAGACCUGGCUUCGAGAUCUUGAGCUGUGGGAGGCCACGACGGAUAUUCCCAAGGAGAAGAGGGCGAUCAAGCUGGUUCAAGCUCUCACAGGGCCAGCAAGGGAGGCGGUGUCGUCUUUGACGCUGGCCGAGCUCCAGCAUGCGGACGGCUACAAGACGGUGAUGAAAGUGCUCAACGACAACUUUAAGCCGUAUGUGGAGACAGCGUUGCCGAGGGCCAUGGAGGGCGUGUUCUAUGGCCAGGCUAGAGGUGCCAAGGAGUCCAUCCCGGAUUACCUGGUGCGCGCGUCGCAUGCCUUGGCGGAGCUCAAAGCCGAGGGCGUGGACCUUCCGGCGAAGGCUGCCGGAUACUUGCUGUUCCGGCAGGCGAACUUGGACAAAGAGCUGGAGUCCCGUGUGGUCACGUGGUUGGCUGGCGACUACACCAAGGAUGUGGUGAUCGCCAACCUAAGGCGACUUGACCGCAUCAACUCGAGCAGCUCCGGGUCCAAGGCGAUGCUCUGGACGGAGACUGAAGAGGGCGAAGGCCAGGAGGUGUAUUACGAGAACCACGAGCACUAUGGCGAGCCCGAGUUCUACCUGGAGGCGGAAGACGAAGAAGACGAGAACUACGUGUACCUAGAAGACGGCGAGCUGGACGCGGUGUACGAGGAAGGAGGCAAUGGACACAUGAACUGGUUCCACUGCAACCUGUGCAAGGCUCGAUGGAAACUCAGCCCGAGAACAGCCGGAGCUUUGACCGGCCGACCAGUGGAGACCGUGAACCAGUCGAAGGAGAAGACCCUCAACCUGGCGGAGAACGCUCUGAAACAACAAGAGAAGCGAAUGGCCCAGAAGCACCAGGUGGAGAUGGGAAACCUGAUGCAGCAGCUGGCGGACGAGCGCGCCAGGAGCGACGAGCUGCAGACUACGCUGGACUUGCGCGAGGGCGAGUACCUGGAGUUCGAGAGGGCGGUGGAGAACGUGACCGCAAUGGAGGCUCACCUGUCCGAGAUGGACCCGACUACCGCGAACCAGGUGCAGGCAAUGGUCUCCGAGUUCAAGAGAGUUCAGCGCUACGAGCAGGAGACCCGACAUCGAGCGAACACGCUGCCCUUGCGAGAAACCAAGAGCGACUGGGAGCAAGCCGUGGCCACGAUGAAGCAAGCGGUGGACAUGGUGAACCAGUUCUACGCGCGCAUGAUGACCCAAAGAACCCAAGUGGCGAAGCAACUGGCAGGAAUGUGA